AUGCCGCCACUUGCCGGCGCUGUGCUGCCUCAGAGAGAAAAAGAGGCGCAAGUUAAUGCAUAUGCGUAUGAAGCUAGAUUUCUCCCUGGGCAAAAUGAAAUCUGCUCGUACGUCUUAAUUGGUGAUGAAGCAUGUGCUUUAAAACCAUACCUUAUGAGACCAUUUCCUUAUAAGCAGACUUUAACAGACGUCAGAAAAGAGGAAUACGAUAAGCCACCACGGUACAAUUCUGAUACUUAUACAGCUGGACAGUCUAAGCGUAAUAAGUGA